GUUACAAUGUCUAUGUAGAUACCCAGUGAUACAAUUCUCAGAUACACGACUGCACAGAUGUCCUGGAGACACAAUAAAAGUGGUCUACAUACUGGUAAGCUUUAAAUAUCCACAGAUUCAAUGUUCUUCAUGGAGUGUCCACUUCUGUGUUUGGCCAUCCUGCUCUUUAUGAAGACAACAACAACAAUGGCUACAACAGCAUUUGCAACAACAACAGAAGAGACAACAACAGCUACAACAACAUUUCCAACAACAGAACAGACAACAACAACAACAACAACAACAACAACAAUGGCACCCUGUCAGAUCCUGAACUGCGCUUUGGAUGAAGUCCGUACGAAGAUAAAUGGAGUCUAUGGCUGUGGAUGUGGAUGCAUUACAACGCGCAGCCAGAAUAUUUAUGACGCCAUUGAGACAUGUUCAGGAAGUACUGCAUCACUUUCUCUGUCUCGCUGUGAGCUCUUUGAAGCUGGAUAUUCUGCUGAUGUUCUCCACCUUAACGACCCAAACUGCAAAGGGGAGCUCCAAAAUAACAGGCUGGUGUUCAGCUUUGACAGUAAGGUCAACAUGUGUGGCACAACUCUGGAGAAUAACAGCACGCACAUCGUUUUCAAGAACAACGUUGGGACAACUGACUUGACGGGUGAGAUUAGUCGCACAGAUGCGCUCAACAUCACCUUUUCCUGUGUGUAUCCACUCAUCCAGAACAUCUCCAUGCCCACGACUAUUGAAGGCAUAGGAGGUGUAAUCAGCAAGUAUCUGUCUACUGAGGGCUCGUACCAGAUCACCAUGAUCCCGUAUACCGAUGCUACAUUCCAGUUUCCACUCUUUGGCAAUGUGACCCUAGAAGUGAACCAUCAGAUGUAUAUAGCUGUGCAAGUGGAUCAGUUUGACAGCACUCAAAUCGGGCUUGUGCUGGACAGCUGCUGGGCCACGCCCUUCAACCAGAUCGACUAUUCCGUCCGCUGGGACCUGAUCAGUAAUGAGUGUCCGAACCCCAAUGACGGCACGGUGGCGGUGUUGCAGAACGGUGUCUCCACGACCAGCUACUUCUCCUUCAGGAUGUUCAAAUUCACCGGCUUCUCCAACAAGAUCUACCUGCACUGCCAGGUCCAUCUCUGUCUGCUGCAGACAGGCAACUGUGCACAGCCAUGCACUGGAGAUCUUUCCAGAAGACGCCGAGCUGUAGAUUUCUAUGACUCAGCUGUCAUUUCCAUGGAAUUCUGAUUUGUUUGUUUGAAACUUACACUGCUGUCAAUUUAAUGUUUUUUUAAUCUUUGUUUUAUGUUUAAUCAUAAACUUUUGCUUUGCUUUAAUCAUAAAGACAAAUUAUAUCAAUAUUCAGCUUUUUUUUUAUUCAUUGCAUCUUGUAAGUGAUUGUACUCAUCAGUGCUGCCUUAAUCAGUCAUAAUAAAUCUUUCAAACAUUUUA